GGAGGCACAUCAGUGCUGGAAUUUCAAAACUUUUGAGAGGAUAGUUUUGGGUCGGUUGAAUGCAUCAAAUGUUUACACGUUCGCUAUGCAUUUACAUAUGAAAGUGAUGCUGUAACAUUAAUUAAAUAAAAAUACUUUUAAAGCGAACCUGUGGCUAGUUUGCCGAUUUAGCGUUUAAACUUACCUGAAAGUGAGUUGUAUGUGCUCUCAGCAUAAGUUGUUUGUUUUUUCCCGCAAUGUCAAUUUGUGUGAUUUUUACUUUGUUGACUUUUGUUCGGUUCUUUGUUUACUAGCUAAUUCCCUGAAAAAAAGUUAAUGUUAGACACGGACUGUGUUAAUGGAUAACUUGCUAGUCUACUAACGUCACUUGCUUUGGUGAAAAUGUCAACCACGAGUGUUUUCCGUUACCAACAACAAGAUGCUGAACUACAACAACAACCUAUUGAGUGCCCCCCAUCAUGCAAUGUCCAUCACCAGUCCUCCCGGAGCCCUGCUGGACAGGGACAGGAAGGCUGUGGGGACCCCGUCUCUGGGCGGAGGGGUGUCAAUGUACCAAAGAAGGCACUCCGUCACCCUACCCAACCACAACUCCAGCUCCAAGUUCAACCAGAACCAGUUUCUUAAUAGCCUGAAAACAUCUGACCCCACUUCCUGCUCCGUCGCCUCUGGGUUAAUCGGCAGUUGCAACAAGGAAAACCGCAUGAGGGACCGCUCCUUCUCCGAGACAGGCGAGAGGCUCCUGCACAAGUGCCUGGGUCCGGCUAGCCUUGCAGGCCUGGGGGUCCAGAGCCAGCCUCAGAACCAAAGCCAGGUCAACUCCAGCCGCUACAAGACGGAGCUGUGCCGGCCGUUCGAGGAGAACGGGACCUGCAAGUACGGCGACAAGUGUCAGUUCGCCCACGGCAUCCACGAACUUCGCUCCCUCAGCCGCCACCCUAAGUACAAAACCGAGCUGUGCCGCACCUUCCACACCAUCGGGUUCUGCCCCUACGGCCCCCGCUGUCACUUCAUCCACAAUGCAGAGGAGCGGCGUGGCCCUCCUCCUGGGCCCUCCUCCCCCUCCUCCUAUUCCCCUCUCUCCGGUAAGCUGGAGCGCCCCCGCCUGCAGCACAGCUACAGCUUUGCGGGGUUCCCCAGCUCUGGAGGCCUGAGGGGGAGGGACAGCCCUACCUCCGUCACCCCCCCACCCAUGUUCUCCCCGGACGAGGUGCCAGACUGGCCGAGCUCCAAUCCCUUCACGUACUCCAGCCAGGAGCUGGCCAAUCUGUUCGGCGCCAGCCUUGGGUCGGGCACCGCCGCAGUGACCGAGCCCAACACCCCCGCACCCCCGUCUCCCACCUGUACCCCGUACUUCUUCAGGCCCAUGUCGGAGUCCCCCACCCAGAUGUUUGAAUCUCCGUCCAGCCCCCCCCAGGACUCUCUGUCAGACCAGGAGGGCUACCAGAGCAGCUCGGGGGGAAGUCUCAGCGGGUCCGAGUCCCCGAGCCUGGACGCGAACCGACGCCUCCCCAUCUUCAGCCGCCUCUCCGUGUCCGACGACUAGACUGCGUCCGUGUAAUGCGUCUUACCCCCCCGCCUCGCUUGAGAAGAGGACAAAACGAGAACAUUGUUGAAAAAUGGCACUCCCAUGUUCCUUCUACCACAUAUCCCUGCCCCCUCUCCAACACAAAACAAUCAGUUUAGUUCCCCCCAAAAAUGAGGACCCAUGGGGCUUGUUUUCAAAUCACCCCAGGAAUCUCCUCUGCUGUUUCACCACCAUCCGCAGAGCCUAGCAUGUCUUCUGUCAUGGCAUCCCUCCAAUGUGGGAGAAGACAUUAAUGAACAAUGAGAACAACGAUGCGGGAAAAGACAGGCGUUUGUUAAAGAGACUGUUUUUGUUUAGCCAGGUACCUGCCUUUUCUUUGUGUUCUUGAAUGUGUAGCAUUGCAAGUAGCUCUCCGGCAUGGGGAAUGAGCAUAUCUUCACCACAACCCUGAACAACCACCCUCUGACGUUUCGAACUUCUGAAGCAUGCUUCCCGUCUAUUCUGUGCUGAGCUAGCUGCAGGGUGCUCACACAGUUACCCUAUCCUCAGAUCAACCACAGCCAUUUUUGCAAUACAGACUGAGCUGGAAAAAAAGUACACCUGAAACCCUUUGAAUAGUUUCAACAUGGCAUGUGAUGUGUGAGGGUUGAGCGGAUUGACGGACUACUGUCUGUUUUUUUUGUUUUGGUUCUUUCUCAUUGACUCAGUCUCCUUAGUGUCACAUGUCAUAGUUCUUUUCAGCUUUCUUCUUUGUUUAGUGUCUUAUGUAACUUCUGAGCAGACUUGAGAAUCUACAUCCAGAGAGUGACUUUGACAGACACGGGAAGUUCUUUUUGUUGUUGACUGUUUUCUCCCGUCGCUGGUCGUUUUGUGUAUCUGGGGAGGAAGGAUGUCUUUAUCUUUAAUGUCUAACUGGUUAUUAAACCUUUGUUUUUGUUUCUGACCCACCCUCUCCGCCCUGGCUGCCUCUGCGCUGCGGGCCCUGGGGAAUUCCAGCAUGGUGCAGUUGUUCCUGCAAGUUGAGAUGGGAUCUCUAAAGCUGUCCUUUUCCCCCUCUUCCUCCUCCAAAUCACUGUCUGUCUCUGUGGAGCGGUCUGUCAUUACAACUCCCAGCUUUGUACUUUUUAUUAUUUGUAUUCAUGUUGUUAUUAUUAUGGUUUUUGUUUGAAAACUUUCCAAGCACACGCUUGGCACUGCUUACUUAACUUAUCGAAACAUAUUUAUUGGUGAUCAUAUACAUUUUUUUUUUGUUAAUUUUGUUUUGUAUUUAUCUGGAUAAUGAACAAUAGAAUAUAUUUUCUUUAUGUUAAAUUAUGAUCUUCGGUAUUAAUCUAAAGAUUGUGAAGACGUUUUUGUCAAUUUCCUUUUUUUUCACAGUUUAAUAUAUUGUACUACAAUGACUUUUGUUUGCAAUUUGUCAAAAUGAAACUUAAUUUAAAGCAACAACAAAAAAAGCAGAAAAAGUUUUGUGUUUUGAUUAUUUAUUUGUAGACUUUUUUUAUGUUCUCCCCAAUAUUGGGCUAGUCGGACUACUGGUCUCCAGCUUUCAUUCAACCACUUGAAGCCUACAUUACCAAAAUCAUGUGACAUGGCAUACCAGUGGAAUGCAAGCUAAAAAGACCUGUACCCAGGCUGCACUGCAAUUCUUGCAACAAAAAAACUGCCACAUUCUCCUUCUGAAACUGUCCUAUCCUCACUUUUUAAAUGUUUUCUCUGAAGGUAACAGUACUUUGUUUGUUACCGUGAUGUCAUGGCUGUUGUAUUCUUUCACAUUUGGCUAAGUUCCAGAAUUACAACUUGUAUCUAAAACUGAGCUGAAACAACACGUGAUGAUCUCCAUCAUGUGCGCUCUCACAUCCUGAUUGGGUGCAGGAAGUGCAGGGUUUAAAGAAAAGUUGUAUCUGUAGUUCCCUAUAUUCACCAAAUUGGAAGCAAAAAUACUGUUUUUACAAGCAAUAGCUGUGACCAAAUGGGUUGAGGCGAGGACGUCUGUAUAUUUAAGUUGUUUGAUGCACUUGCAUGGCCCCUAACUGUUAAAGUGCCUACUUUUGAAUACAUUCCAUGUAGUUAACUAAGGCCUUUUUAUAUUAAAUGAUGGAAAAUGGUGAACAAAUUCUUUUUUUAAAAUUCCUAUUUCCUCUUUCUCCUCACAGUUUUGAAUGAGGUUAAAGAGAAUUAUUGACUUAAAGAAAGUAAACUGAAAGUAAACCUGUUGAAUGUAUUUCUCUGGCCAUGGUUUUUCACUACAAUCCUUUCUAAGGGAGUUUAUAUUAAAAACUCAUAUUUUUUGUAACUUGAUUGCAGUUAAAACCAAUAAACCCUGUAUUUUUGAAAGAA